AUGGCCCCCCUCGGCUCGACCAUUGUGGACAUCCACACGCACAUGUAUCCACCGCAGUACAUCAGAAUUCUAGAGUCUAGGUCAACUAUACCGCUAGUUCGCAAGUUUCCUCAGGCUCCUGAACCGCGCCUCAUCCUCUUGGAGUCUGAGCUCGCCGAUCUGGACCGGGCCAUGACUGACGCUACAGCCAAGCCUCCCGGUCGCCCGCUGACGCCGCACUUUGCUUCUCUCGACCAAAAAAUCCACUUCAUGGAUACCCAUCGUAUCAACAUCUCCGUCAUAUCCCUGGCCAAUCCCUGGCUGGAUUUUGUCGAUUCGUCUCAGUCCGGCAAGAUUGCUGAUUCCGUCAACAAGGAAUUCUCCGACAUGUGCGGCAAACACCCUGGCCGACUGUUCUUCUUCGGCACCUUGCCACUGACAGCACCUCUGGACACUCUUCGAGCCUCGAUAUCGCAUCUCCGGGGACUGAAAUACUGCCGCGGUGUUAUCCUCGGGACCUCGGGAUUGGGCCACGGACUCGAUGACCCAAAUCUCCUUUCGAUUCUCGAGGCAAUCGCCGCAGCAAGGCUGGCCGUCUUCCUGCACCCUCACUAUGGCCUACCCAACCAUGUCUGGGGUCCUCGUGCCAGCGAGUACGGACAUGUUCUCCCGCUUGCCUUGGGCUUCCCCAUGGAGACCACAAUAGCCGUGACGCGCAUGUACCUGGCUGGUGUCUUUGACAAGGUACGCGACCUGCGGAUGCUCCUAGCGCACAGCGGGGGGACGCUACCCUUCUUGGCCGGGAGGAUUGAGAGCUGUGUCCUUCACGACGGCCAGCUCGUUGGUCAAGGCAGAGUCGGCAGCAACCGCCGCCCAGUGUGGGAUGUCCUGAAGGAGCAAGUCUACCUCGACGCCGUCAUCUAUUCCGAAGUAGGGUUGAAGGCCGCAAUCGACGCCAGUGGCUUUGACAGACUCAUGUUUGGCACCGACCAUCCUUUCUUCCCCCCUAUAACAACAAGCCAUGAGCAAGGUCAAUGGGAAAGCGUGAGUCUGAAUGCCGAAGCUGUUGCUAGAGCAGUAGGUGAAGGGUCUGUCGAAGCCGACGCAAUCAUGGGAUCCAAUGCUGUCCGUAUCCUGAGGUUGCAAGAAUAA